AUGAAGUUGACCCUUAAGAUAACGAAAGUAGAUUUCGAUGCAGCCAACAACAGUCUGAGGUUGUCAGGCAAAAAUGUUAAAAGCAACGAGUAUGUGAAAAUGGGACAGUACCACACGUUUGAAAUAGGACUGAAUGAAAAGAUAAAAAUAAAAAAAAAAAAUUGGGACAGUGUGUAUAGGGAAAAGCUAGAAGAAUGUACAAAUGUUAAGAUGAAUUCGAAAGUAGCUAUUCUGUUGCUGAGCUGUGGAGAAGCUCAAAUGUAUCUCCUCACAGAGAAUUUGUGUAAGCAUAUAUUCACCCUAAGUAAAGUGAUUAAAAAGAAAAGGGAAAAGAAUAACAACUCUUUAUAUACAAAAUCUUUGUGUGCAUUUUUUAAGCAGCUCCUACUCCAGCUGCUCAAAAAUGUGGAUGUGGAAAAAAUGCAAUGUAUCGUUUUGGGUGGACCUGGUUUUUUUAAAAAUGACUUUCUUCAAUUUGUAUAUGAAAAAUCUGAACAGAAAAACGAUAAAGACGUGCUCAGCAUGAAGACAAAAUUUCUUAUCGUCAAGACCUCUAGCAUUAACAGAAAUUCUGUGAACGAAAUUUUAAAUAAUGAACAAAUAAAAAAGCAAGUGUUAAAUAUGAAAGUCGUUUCUCACAUGGAUGUGUUAAAUAAAUUUUACAAACUAUUUGAUAAGAGUGAAGAGAAGAUUUGCUAUGGAGAUGCGGAUGUGAGAUAUGCUGCUUCGUUGCAUGCCAUUGAAUCUUUGCUCAUUACUGACCGGACCUUUCGCAACUGUGACGUGGUCACUAGGAAGGAGUACGUGGCCAUGGUUCGCGACGUGAAGGGCACCGGCGGCCGUGUCUUUAUCUUCCCGGACAACCACACCACGGGCGAGCAGCUCAACGCCCUCACGGGGAUCGCCGCCAUCCUCAAGUUCCCCGUCUACGCGACUGAGGGGGAAGGCGAGCAGCGGCGGGAUGAGCAGCACCAGUGUGAGAAGCGGCAAGACGGCGACAACUGA